AUGUCUACCACCACCACGGACGACAAGGCCUCGCCCAGACCACUACCCGCCGACUGCCUGGCCGCCAUCUUUGAUCGGGACACCAGCUAUCUUUAUCUUUACGCCCAGGGCAAGUAUGAGACGCCCGCCUUGACUUCGUUUGUCGAACUACCAUGGAUCGGAGCCCGCAAAUUUGAGUUCCAAGGCCUGUACCUGAUCGGCUCGGAGGGUGGGACCCCGACAGAACAUCAAUAUGCCCAGAAGUUCCCGGCAGGAUCGACGCCACAUUUCCCACUGAAGAGCGUUCUGAUCGUCGUCGCUGAUGGUGAGGGGGGGAAGACUAAGACCAUCGUCGUCCCCGUGGAGACUGUUACGCUCUUCCAGGGUGAGGGACCAAGUGCGUAA